AUGGCACUUCCUUCUGUGGUCAUUUUCGAGCCCGGCAAGCAUGAUCACCUCAUACCUGCAUUUGCAUUCAUUCACGAAAACUGCGUCGAAACAGACCAUACUCUCGUAAACUUCCAUCCACCAUUCAAACACCAAAACCUCGAAACACCGGAUGUCAGGGUUCUCGAGUAUUGGAAGAGUAAUGCUGCUAGAGUCAACGAAGGCACAAAGGUCAUUUUCAUGCAGAUGGCGGUUUCCGAAAGUGGUCACGAGGAAUUGGCAGGCUAUGUCGCUCUUGGAAGCCAGGCUUGUGAAACAGGGCCAUUCAGGGGCAGCGUCGAGAAGCUCUUGGUCAGCCCACGAUAUAGGCGAAGAGGCAUCGCAAAGCGUCUCAUGUCAAAGUUGGAGGAGGUGGCACUGGCGAGAGGAACUUCUUUGCUGGCUGGCAGUCCUGCAGAGGGCAUCUACCCUCGACUUGGUUACACUCGGCUCGGUGCUAUUCCGAGAUACGGCGUGUCGCCCAAGGAUGGCAGGUUGGUGGAUGAGGUCUUCUUUUACAAGGAUCUCAGAUCGACAUAG